GGGAAUCUCUUCUCCUCCACAUCUGUUAUUAUAUCUUAUAGAAGGCUAUUUCUUGCCUUUCUUCAUUUGUACACAUGUGGCUGGCUCUUGUUCAAUUCACUAUCUUCUUUUAGUAAACAUGAAUUCAUCAUCAUCAUCAUCAUCAACCAUGGUUCAAGAUUAAGCUUUGGAGAUGGAGAGAAUGAUGAACAACAUGAUCAUACCAACUCCUUUAGAUGAUAGUAUAUCAAACUUAACUUCAGCAUCAAAUGAAGCAAGCAUAUCUUCAAGCAAUAGAAAUCAUGAAGUUGGAAUUCAUCAUCUAUACCCUCAACCACCUCCUUCUAAGAAGAAAAGAAAUCUUCCCGGAAAUCCAGAUCCGGAUGCAGAAGUGAUGGCGUUGUCGCCAAAUACAUUAAUGGCGACGAAUAGGUUUAUGUGCGAGAUCUGCAACAAGGGAUUUAAAAGAGACCAAAAUCUUCAACUUCAUAGAAGAGGUCAUAAUUUGCCAUGGAAAUUGAAGCAAAGAACAAAUAAGGAAGUAAUAAAGAAGGUGUAUGUAUGCCCCGAGUUGACAUGCGUGCAUCACGACCCUUUGAGGGCUCUCGGGGACUUGACCGGAAUCAAGAAGCAUUUCUCAAGAAAGCAUGGAGAGAAAAAAUGGAAAUGCGAAAAAUGUUCAAAGAAAUAUGCAGUACAAUCCGAUUGGAAGGCUCAUUCUAAGAUAUGUGGCACUAGAGAAUAUAGAUGUGAUUGUGGCACCAUUUUCUCUAGGCGUGACAGUUUCAUCACUCACAGAGCCUUCUGCGAUGCUUUGGCAGAAGAGAGCACCAGAGCCAUAACCGCAGCCACAAACCAACUUGCCGGCGCCGGCGCCGGCACCUCUUCAUCAACCGCCCUCCGCCAUCUCAAUCUAUCUCAACUAAUCACCAACAACAACUCUUUUCAACCAUCAAUCCAUCUCAAAACAGAACAACAAGAUCUCACACCUCAUAACUGGUUUUCUCACCAACCAUUGCUAUUAUCCACAAGACUAGAUCAUCAGAAUUCCUUUCUCCACCAAAACCCUAGCCAAUAUGAACCAACCAUAGGUUCUUCUUCCCCAUUACCUCAUAUGUCUGCAACUGCUCUGCUUCAAAAGGCAUCACAAAUGGGAGUAACGGUCAGCAACGUUCAUAUGGGAAAUUCUACAAACGACUGGUCUACAGGAAUGUCUGGAUCUCAUAUGGUUCAUAACGUGAUGGGUAAUUCUCAAAUCCAUGAAUCAUCAAAUGGGUUUGAAGGAUCUUCAUUUGAAGAGGCUUUAAGUGGAAUGUUGAAUCCAAAAUUAGACCAAAGUGGACGUCUUGGAGGUGGAAACCCUAACCAGGGAUUGACUAGGGAUUUUUUAGGUCUAAGAGCAAUCCCUAACAUGAGCGGUCUUCGGUUUGAUCAUCAUCAUCAUCAGAUACAAUCAUCCUCGAUGUAUAAUCAUAAUCAUAAUCAACCGAGGCAAAACAAUCAAGAACCUUGGCAAGGUUAGCAUGUAAGUAAUUCAUGAACGAAUCAUAUGAUCAAACAGAACCCCUUUAUUGUUCUUUCAACUUUCUUUGUCUACUGUUUGACUCUAUCAUUUUAUUUUGUAUCACUUCAAGGAUUUUGGAAUAAAUCAUUGUCCCCGAAACUU